GAUGAGUCAGUCCAUAGCAGUCUGUUGUGCGUAGGUGAACCGCUGCGGUCGUCGCGACGCUCGUCAGAGCGCUCCAGGUCAUGACGUCAUGCCAGCAGCUGUCAAACGGUAUGGAUCACCCGACCAUAGAGUACACGAAACUAAGCCACGACAGACUGGACGAAGCCCUUGAUCUGAUGGUCAGCUGUUUCUUUACGCGUGAACCCACGUUCUCAGUGCUCUCCGGCCUCGCGGGUGGCGCGCCCGAGGACCACCGGCUCUGGCUCAGUGCCUCGCUCCCCGAGUGGCACUGGGACGCCAGCUGGCUGGCGCUGGACGUCGGCACCGGCUGCGUCAUCGGCGCCAGCAUGUGCGGUGUUUACGGCGUCGACGAGCGCGACCCGUACUGGCGCCUGUACGAGACGGGCAGCGAGGCCGCCCGCGUCUACGGCAGCUUCAUGGACGAGGUCGGUCACAGCUUCGACGCUUUCAAGAGCCUGAACGUGCCCACGGUGUCUGAGAAUCUUCUCCUGGCUGUUGACCCCAGGUACGGUGGCCUGGGCGUGGGAUCGGAGCUGUGUCGCCGCACGUCGGUGGAGGGCGCCGUGCGCUCCGGCGCGCCCGUCUCGCUCUGCUUCUGCACGUCCAGCACCACGCAGCGCAUCUACGAGCGCCUCGGCUUUGAGGUCGGCUGCGAGACCGACUACGCCGGCUCGGCGCUGGAGCGGGCCGUGGACGUGGCGUCGAUCCUGCCGCAUCGCGCCUGCCGCGUCAUGUACAAGCGGUUGGGCAGGGCAUCAACGUCGAGUUCUUGACGCGUGGACUACGGGGCUGGUGGGUGGUACGCGCGUGCCGUGCAGGUACAGACGCGUGCGUUGGGUGCCAUGUAGUGAAACUGGUCGGGUCUGGUGCCGAUGCAGCGCCAGUCGCUUAGGAAGUUGAAGCCUUCAUUGACGAGAUAUCAUACCUCGGGGACUAUAUUUUUAAUCAUGCAACGGGUUACGCAGUCUUCUUAAAAUAGCAGAUGGGAACAAACAGAACAUAAGUACGCCACGCACGGGUUUAGCCUGUCCAACAAAAUGGAGGAGCAAUGCACUGUGUAAGCAUUGUGUAGUGGGUGGAGCACGUACUUGUAACAAAGUGUUGCUGACUGCGGUUUGUAGAUUUUACAAAAUGUUUUUUGUCGCGUGCAUAUCAUAGCGAAGAUAGUUUAGUGACGCAAAGAAUAGUACACGAGGUAGCAGAAAAUGAGACCCAGGUAGACUCGUGAAAUUGUAGCAAGGGAUGGCGGUGCAGGCACACUUCUGAGACAUGUAGCCAUGUGGAGGCCCUGUUCUCCAACCCUGAAAGCUCUGCUCUCCUUUGGUACAAAAACGUCUUGGCGUAAAGACGUGGGACCAAUAUGGAACACUUGUCAGAGCAUGGAGUUAGUGCGACUUCCUCUGUUGUUAUUUUAGACCUGUUACACGGACGGUUCAGCAUAUUUUAAAGGGAAGUGCGCUCUACUCUCAAGCAUGGGAGGCACAUUUCAUGUUCCUAAUUCAGUGGCUCGAAUACUCGCUCUCAAUGACAAGCAAGGCGCAAACGUGGAAAACUGGUGUUCCCUCGACGCAGUUUAGCCCUAUUUGAGCCAUGCUGUGAUGCUCCUGCGAAGUCGGCUGAGUAAAACUUUGUAAACGUCUCAAUAUGUUAACUGUCCUGCAUGACUGUGUCUGCCAUGUGGUGAUACAAAUGUAUUUUUUGAAGGCCAAAAUAUUUCGUACCAUUUCAUGUUAAGUAAAGUGGGAAAACUUUCAUGAUGACGCAGUUUGUCCGUGCUGAUUCACCGAACUUGCUUUCAUCCGUGCCCUAGCACUGGCGAAACCAUUUGAACUGUGCCAUCCAUGGGCGCCUCAUGUCACUACCCUCGCAAGCAGGGUCAUCAUGGUGAGCAGCGUCGCGCAACGGCGCCCGCAAAAAAGAAACAAAGUUCCCGAAUGUGUUGUCGGGCGCGCGAUCCGGCGUGGCGGACGUGAGGGCCCCGACCAGCGGCUGCCUUCGUGACAACCUAGCGCCGUGCGACACAGCGUCAUGCGGCGCAGCAUCGUGCGACACAGUGCCAUGCGGCGCAGCAUCGUGCGACACAGCGUCACGCGACGCAGCGUCAUGCGACGCAGUGCCAUGCGACGCAGCAUCGUGCGACACAGCGUCACGCGAUGCAGCGUCAUGCGACACAGUGCCAUGCGGCGCAGCAUCGUGCGACACAGCGUCACGUGACGCAGUGUCAUGCGACGCAGCAUCGUGCGACACAGCGUCACGCGAUGCAGCGUCAUGCGACGCAGCGUCAUGCGACACAACGUCGUGCGACGCGGCGUCAUGCGACACAACGUCGUGCGACGCAGCGCCAUGCAGCUAUCGGGGCGCCCAAGCGGCCGGCCGGAUCCGUUCCUAUAGCUGGUGUUCACUCCCUGGAUCGGCACGCCGCGGAAGAACACGCCAACACCGCCGGCCAAGUGGACUCGCCCUGGCCAUGACCUCACUGGUGUGGCUGCGGUGGGACGUCGCGCCCGACGUCUUGCCCGAUGCACCGGCUGAUCUGUCUCGCGUGCUAAUGAGAUUUCAUUAGCGGUGCUGAUUGCUUUCUGGAACUGUGCAUGCGUUCACAGUUACCGCGAGCAUGC